UUAUAAAUAAGAUGGAUAAAGCAGUGGGAGAUGAUGAUGACCUUAUGGCUAUGCUAGAGGAAUCACAGAAUGAUUUUGAGAAGAAUAAGGAGGAAAAGAAGGAAGAAGAGGGAGAUUUGAUUGAGGAAUUGCAGAAGACUGAGAAAAUGGAUAAAGAACAAACAGAAUCUGAAGAGAAGCAAGAAACCAUGCAAAAUGAUUUCAUGAAAGGAUUUGAGGACUUGGCUAAAAAUCUUCCUAACUCAGGCCCUGAUGGAGGCAACAUUACUGAACAAGAAAUGAAGGAAGCCAUGAAUAUGUUCCAGAACAUGUUCAAAUUCCCUCAGGAAGGAGAUACUGGAAAGAGUGAGGAGAAGAAGGAAGGUGACGCAAAAGCUGAUGGAGCCGCCGGGUACACUAACAUGGCCAAGGACGCUAAGAACGCUGGUGAAACAGGCGGUAUUCCUGGCAUGGAAAAUCUUGGAGAGAUGUUCAAGGACGAAGAGUUCCAAAACUUUUUCAAUAACUUCACUCAAGGUAUCUUUAAAGGAGGUGAAGGCAGCGAAGGCGGCGAAGGCGGUGAAGGAGCAGAAGGAGGAUUUGACCCAUCCAAAAUGUUUGAGGGACUAGGCACAGGCAAUCCUGAAGAAAUGAUGGAGAACAUGAUGAAAGAAAUGGGAGGAUAUUUAGAAGAAAACAAAGACGACCCCGAGAUCAAGAAUACUAUUGAUGAGAUGAUGUCCUCUCUUGUAGAAAAAGAUUCCAUCUACCCUUCUCUUAAGUUAAUGAAGGAUGAGUUCCCAGAUUAUCUUGAAAAGAAUGAAGACAAUGUCAGUGUUAAGGAUCUUGAAAGAUAUAACGAACAACUAGAUUGAAUCGAAGAGCUUUGAGAGCUGUACGAGACUAAUGACAAACCGAAUAAAGAUGACGUUGCUAAUUUGUUAUUCAAACUUCAGACUUUUGGAGCCCCACCUGACGAAUUGGUAAAGAAGAUGAGAGAGACAUGAGGUGCUAAUAUGGGUGCGCUUGGAGGAAUGGGUAAUUUAGCAGGGCUUCCAGGAAUGGGAGGAAUGGGAUUUCCCGGAAUGCCACAGAAAAAAUAG